AUGGAUCAAAAUCAAGGCGACCUGAACUGGCGCCUCAGCGCGCACCCGAUCACGCUACUUGUCUUCUUGAGUAUCCGCAUCGGCGCUUUGCUGAUGUACCUCUUCGGUGUCCUGUUCAUCGAUAACUUCAUCCUGGUUUUCAUCCUGACCCUUCUCCUCCUUUCUGCCGACUUUUAUUACCUCAAGAACAUUGCCGGACGUCGACUUGUUGGUCUGCGGUGGUGGAAUGAAGUGAACACUGCCUCUGGCGACUCGCAUUGGGUCUUUGAAUCUUCCGACCCUAAUGUCCGAACGAUCACGGCCACGGAUAAGCGCUUUUUCUGGCUGAGCUUGUAUCUGACCCCGGCUCUUUGGGUGGGACUGGCCAUUCUGGCUAUCGUGCGGUUGGUUGGUGUUAUUUGGCUGAGUCUUGUUGGUAUUGCCCUUAUCCUGACGAUCACCAACACCGUCGCCUUCUCCCGGUGCGACAAGUUCAGUCAGGCAUCCACAUUUGCCAAUCGGGCUCUCGGCGGAGGAAUUGUGAAUAAUCUUGCAGGUGGCCUGCUGGGCAGGUUCUUCCGAUAG